AUGGUUCUAAUCUAUGUUAAAUCUGGUGAACGGAUGUCUAGUUGCAGUGAAGAGUGGAGUUUCGUGGUAGACACAUCAAGGCGUGGUCGAAUGGUAACAUUAGAAACUACUACUCCAUUGGAGAAGCUCAAGAGGAUCGUGUGUGAGAAUUAUGGGGUGGACCAUAUUGUUCUUAAUACCGAGUUCAGUUAUUCGAUGGUGAAUCAAAGAGGGAAUCCUCCAAUUAUUAUCACCAAUGAUCGGCAAACAUCUAAUUUUGUGGCGUAUGCAAAGAAAGAUUCAUCUACUAUCUUGUGUGUCACGUUCUAUGGUUUGGGUGUAAAUCAAAAAGAACGAGUCAAUAUUGAUUUGAAUAAGGAGCCGUGUGAUUCAAGUAAUGUUGAGGAUGAAGAAGUUCCUGAGAUAACUCGAGCAGAUUUUGUGAAGCCGUCAAAGGAGUCUUGUGAUACAAGGAAAGAUGAUGUCGCUGCGGAUGGUUCCGGUGAUGCUUGGUUAAGGAUUGAAAACAAUGGAGACAGUGAAAAGGAUGGUCGAGCCUGGAGAGGAGAUUUCGUGAAGAAGGAUCAAAUUUUCAGAAGUAAAGAGGUUCUGAAGGCCACAACGGAAAUUUUGGCAAUGAAGAAUAAUUUCGAUUACACUGUUUUUAAAUCCACGAGAAAAUGGUGGUAUAUUCGAUGUAAGGAUGCAUCGUGCAACUGGACUGUGCAUGCAGAAGGUAUAGAUGGGUCUACAUAUUUCAUGAUCAACCAGUGCGAGGGAAGACAUUCAUGUGCUCCUUCAAAGAAAAGGAAAUUCGGGAAAACAACAUCGGCAAGAACAAUUGGGACUCUGAUACAACAUCGAUUUGGUGAUGCAAACGAUGGCCCAAAAGCAAAUGAAAUCAUUCAAUUUAUGAGAUUGGAGCAUAGUUGUGAGAUUACUUACUGGCACGCUUGGGAAGCUCGUGAGUUUGCUAUUGCAGCUGCUAGAGGUAUACCGGAUCGCAAUUAUGCUAAAAUACCAGCAUAUUUGCAUAUGAUUAAAGAAGCUAAUCCUGGUACGCAUACUCACUUUGAAACUAAUGAGAAGGGAAGAUUCAUCUAUCUAUUUAUCUCAUUUGGGCAAUCAGUUAGAGGAUUCUACAAUGCAAUGCGAAGGGUGAUUGUUGUUGGUGGAACUUUUCUGAAAAAUAAAUACAAAGGAGUUUUACUUGUUGCUACUGCUGUAGAUGGUAACUCUAAUUUGUAUCUGAUUGCAUUUGGGGUUGUUGAUUCGGAGAAUGACGAUUCAUGGGGGUGGUUCUUCAGACAGUUGAAAGUGGUUAUUGCUGAUUGUCAAGACCUAGCUUUUGUCUCAGAUAGAAAUGCAUCUAUUUCUAAAGCGAUUGGGACUGUCUACCCUCAAUCAGCACAUGGAAUUUCCAUUCAUCACUUGUUGACCAAUGUGGUUGCAUUUUUCAAGACAAAAGGGUUGACUGCCUUGGUGGAAAAAGCUUCACGGGCAUAUAGGUACAUUGAAUUUCAGGAACGUAUCACUGAAAUUUUUGAAAUGAGUCAUGGGCUUGGAAGAUAUCUGUGGGACGCUGAUGUGCGCAAAUGGGUCGUUCUCUCUUCCCUGGUGAAAGAUAGUAUAAGAGAACUGUUGACUCGAUGGUUCUAUGAGCGUCGCUUGGUAAGCUCUAAGCAUCUUGAUUCUUUAACCACUAAGGUGGAGAAAAAGAUUGAUAGGAGAAUAGUGAAGGCAAAAGGGUUUCAAGUCUACAAGGUUGACGACUUCAAAUCGCUUGUGAAAGGAGACAUAUAUGAUUGUCAUGUUGAUUUGGAAAGAAGAACAUGCACAUGUGGGAAGUACAAUAUAGGAAAAAUUCCUUGCCGACACGUCAUUCCAGCCAUUUAUUCACGAGGCAUAGAAGUGCACAGAUUUACUGACGGCUUAUACACCACUGCAGCGUGGAGAACCGCCUAUGCGGAAUCCAUUAAUCCAAUAGCAGUUCCAGAGUGUGAAUGGAAUGUCUCUGCUGAGGUUAAACUUGCUAAGGUUUUACCACCAGAGACAAGAAAGAGUGCUGGUCGGCCAAUAAAGAGAAGGUAUGAAUCAGUAGAAGACAAGAUAAAAUCUUCUCAAGGAUCAAGAAAGAAUAAAAAGCACAAGUGCAGUCAUUGUGGUACCGAAGGACACAAGAGAGGAACAUGUUAUUUACCCAUCUAG